CUGUGAAAGAGAUGAGAUUCUCGCAAUGUCCAUCAAAUCAAACGUAGAUGAAUUAAAAUUCGAUAAAUUUGUGUUCUUUAAUGCUAAAGUAAAUUUGAUUCGUCUUCCCUUUUGGGUUAACGUAUUUUUGUUAGAAUUAAGGUUGGACCAAAAUGUUGAUUUGAAUUUCUGAAAGGCAAACUGGAAUCUGUGGUAUAAAAGAGCAUGCAUUUUUGGGUGGAUAAGCAAUCUGUGGCAUAAAAGAGUAUAAAUUUUUGGCAUUUUGCACACAAAUAGGUAUGCUGCGACUUGAGAUUCAGAGGGAGUUUCUGAAAACGGAAAAUUAGGGAGAAAAAGAAAAAAAGAAAAAUCUUCCUAUAUUUGUGACUUGUGAGCCCUCUCGUCUAUUCGCUUCCAUUUUCCAUCCGUUCUACUAGAGCAGCUGGUGGUGGUGGGGUGGAUUUCUUCGUCUUCGAAUCCAUAUCCACCAAGAGCCGAAAGAUUUGUCUUUGAAUCUCUCUGUCUCUCGGGUCGAAAGAUUCAGUAACAGAUACAGAUAGUUUCGUCCGAUAUAGAUAUGGAGAUCGAUCAAGCAAUCAGAGAGAGUGACGAUCGAAGGCUGAAAACCAAGUACAACAACGCCAUCUACGUCAUUCAAAGAGCUCUCGCUCUGUAUUCUGUACGGGCAUUUUUGAAUCUAGUAGGGCUGCAUACAAUCGAGGAUAGUUCGGAAACUAAAAGCGUAGAGGAGGUCACAUUUAGCUUUAAUGGAGGAAAGGAUUCAACUGUUUUGUUACAUCUGCUUCGAGCUGGUUACUUUUUGCAUCAAGCAGAAUCAAACCGUACCAACAGGGAUCUCUCACAUCAUGAAUUCUCAUUUCCAAUGCGAACCAUCUAUUUUGAGAGCUCUUCUUCCUUUCCUGAAAUCAACUCGUUCACUUAUGAAACAGCCUCUACUUAUGGUUUGCAAUUGGAUGUCAUUCGCCUAGAUUUCAAGUCUGGCUUGGAGGCUCUCCUUAAGGAUAAACCCAUCAAAGCUAUUUUUUUGGGUGUCCGCAUUGGUGAUCCUACUGCGGUAGGCCAAGAACAAUUCUCCCCUAGUUCACCUGGAUGGCCACCUUUCAUGAGAGUGAAUCCAAUCUUAGAUUGGUCAUACAGAGAUGUGUGGGCUUUCCUUUUAACGUGUAAGGUGCGGUACUGCAGCCUCUAUGAUCAUGGUUAUACUUCAAUUGGGAGCAUACAUGACACAGUUCCAAAUGCAUUAUUGUGCAUCAACUCUGACAAUAGCAAAGAAAAAUUUCGACCUGCAUAUUUGCUUCCGGAUGGAAGACUUGAGAGGGCAGGGAGAGUAAAAAAGUAUUCUCCAAUUUCUGGACAGUUUCCUCAUGUUUGCAAUGGCCUGAAAAGUGGGGAUGUGCACCAGAGUGGCAUGCUGAUGGCCUCGGUCAUUGCUGUUGGAGAUGAGCUUCUAUCUGGCACCAUUGAGGAUCAACUGGGACCUUCCUUGUGUAGAAAGCUCCGUUCUAUUGGCUGGGCAGUGUCACGAAUUGCUGUGGUCCGAAAUGACGUAGAUUCUGUAGCUGAAGAAGUUGAACAGCAGAAGUUUGCAAAUGAUCUGGUAUUUAUAUAUGGAGGGGUUGGUCCAUUGCAUUCAGAUGUGACUCUUGCAGGAGUUGCAAAAGCAUUUGCAGUUCGAACGGCUCCUGAUGAGGAAUUUGAAGAAUAUCUCAGGCAUCUAAUUGGUGAGAAAUGCACUGGGGAUAGGAAUGAGAUGGCUCAGUUGCCUGAGGGUAUCACCGAAUUACUGCAUCAUGAAAAACUGCCUGUGCCUUUGAUAAAGUGUCUAAAUGUAAUCAUUCUUUCUGCAACAAACACUGCUGAGCUGGACAGGGAGUGGUAUUGUCUGACUGAACUAAUGAGAUCAAGUAGCCUGCUAGUACUGGGGGAACCGUAUGUAUCAAAGUGCCUCCAAACAACUCUGUCAGAUGUAGAAACUGCUCAACCCAUAUCGAAACUUCAUCUCGAAUUCCCAGAUAUCCAUAUGCGAUGUCAUCGCGAAUCUAGAAAUGGUCCCCUUUUCAUUUGUUUUGAAGGAAAGGAUCAAGCAAGAUUAGAAGCAGCAGCAGCAGCACUAUGCAAGAAAUUUUCUCCUGGGGCAUUCCAGGAAACUGAAUGACUUUGAUGAGCGGCUUCUGUGAAGCGUAGCCUGCUCUGACAUUCAACGGGGUUUCCCGCUGGGCGCAUGACUCCGGUUGUAUUGUAGAAGCUGCCUAGCUAUCCUGGGUUUCGGAUUCAGGGAGAACAGAGCUGGAAACUGCAACCUGAAAGCAUAACAGAAAAGGGCUUAAGAAAAUUACUAUAGCUAAAUUUGUAACCAUCUCAUUACUUUUGGAAGCACCAUUUUUAGCAUUCUUGUUAAGCUGGACGAGCAAGCUCACCAACAAUGUAAGUUGUUCUUGGAGAACGAAACUCCCAUCAGUUCCUUUGGCACUCACGCAGCCACAUUCUUCUUCCCAUGGCAGGGACUGUUUUAUACUUGUACUUGAUGA